GGGUGCCCUGGAAAAGCCUAUCUUGGAAAGCCUGAAAUUCCACAGAAUCAUUGACUUUUUAGGGUUACAAGGGACCUCUUGAGAUCAUCUAGUCCAACCACCUGCCAAGGCAGGGUCACUUAGAGCAGGUUACACAUUUUCUGCUUUGAGACAGAACUGAAACCAAACGGAAAAGCUACCAAAACGCAUGCCCACUCACCGUAUGCACAGCCACCAGGACAAGAUGCUAACAGAGCAUCUCCACAAUCACGCAGUUAAUUUAUCAAGGCGCGGGACUCCAGUUCGGCUCUUUACUGGAGGCGUUUCCCUUUCGUGGUUCCACAGCGCGGCUGGCGGCGGGGAAGGCGCCGAUGGGAUCACGAGCCGCAAAUUCCGGGCGGACUGGGCUUUCCGGCAGCGGGACUUCGAGAAAGCCCUGUGUGAAUAUUCAGAGUGCCUGCUACUCUUACCUGCCAGCAACGUUGCAAUGAGACGAGAUGUCCAGGAGGGCCAGGCUCGGUGUUUAUCUCGCCUAGGAAGGCACAAGGAGGCUCUGGAUAUUGCAGAAAAAAUGAGAAACAGCGCUACUAACACAGAUCACUUAACAACAGUUCUCAGCCUGCAGUUUUCCAUUUACCAGGGUCUGGAAAAUGUAGAAAAAAAGAUGAUGUGUCUGCAGCAGCUGAUCUGCUUACAUCCUUUCAAUCCCUGGUUCUGGAAGUUACUUGCUGAAGCUUAUAUGAGCCUUUUACAGACUUUGUCUCCCUUGGUCAUUCCAGAAGCAAAUCUAAAUCAGUCUGAAGAGGUUUGUGUAAGUAAUAGUCGUUUCAAAACAUUGACUGGCGGGGAGAUUAAUGUGCAGCCUUGCAGAUCAGAUGGCCAGAAUGAAGGCCCUUGGUUCAGCCCUGCUGCAGAAACAAAGGGGGCAAGUGCAGUGACUUGUCCCAGCAGCCAAGUGGUGAAAGAAUUCCUCUGCACUUCAGGAGAACUGGAAUGGACGGACAAAGAGAAAUGUGCAGAUUCCAAGUCCUGGAAGCAGAACAUGUUAAAGAAAGUUGAGAUAAAAGCAUGUGCCUCGUUUAUUAGAGCAAGGCUCUUACUUCAGCUUACUCAGUCACAACAGUUGUCCUUUGUCCUAGAGAAGAACAGAAAAAGUCAAAAAGAAAUUGAUGACAAAGUGGCUCUACUUGGUUUUGAUGAAAACUCCUUGCUGUUGAUGACCAAAGCUAUGGGGCAGGAUCUUAUACCAGAAAAACUAAAAGAGGAGUUUCAGGGUGAGGUAAAAUGCAUAGGCCCUUCAGCAUUGUCAUCACUGGUAACUGCUUCAGUCAUGGAAUUUGAAAUCAAAUGGUUUGGUAAUCUCCAAGAUUAUUUAUGUCACUUUGACAGACAAUUUUAAUGAAAUAUGUAUCUCCCACCUUCAGUAAUAUAGAUGUUUUGUUGUAUUUAUUUUUGUAUUUCCAAAUGAUUAUGGAAUGAUACAUGCA